GGGUGGGGGAAACGGGCACCCUUUAGGCAGCAUGCUGCUUCCACAGGGCUCCAGGUGCGGGGUAUCCUUCAGGCUGCCCCCAAGUGCUUUCAUGCAAAAGCACCCCAGAGGCUGCCUGCCUCUUCUGCCUUGCCCUGCUUCCCCUCACUUUUUUGGUGCUUGUUGCAACAGCCUCCCUCUUUUUCUGCACUCUUUUUGCACUGGGUGCUGGGUGUGGCACUGGGUGUGGGGUACUUAGGGCUACAAAAGUGUGCACAAGCAUUGCAUCUCCCACGCACCCACUUUACAAAGCUGCCUCCAGCAUUUUUUUUCCCCUGCUAGUUUUUGCACAGGGAAGAGUUUGGUUUGGGUGUUUUUUGGGGGCUUUGCUUUUUGUGCACUCUUGCAGCCCAUGGUGCUUUCCAUGCCGGCACCAAAUUGUUUGGGUUUUUUUUACACCAGAACGAGGCCAGCGGGGGUUUGGGCGGGGAGAGGCUGCCCCCCGAGGGUCUAUUAAUUCAAGGAGCAGGGAUCAGGGUGCACACGCCAUAUCCACAAACAGAGAAUGGGACUUAGCCCAGCAGAAACCAGUUUGACCAGUUCAAUUCUUGCUGCCGAUGUCUGGUGCAGUGUAGCAUAUCCAUGAACAAGAGACUUUUAAGGUGAAUGGGACUCAGCCCAGUGGGACACUUGCUCCCUCACGACUAGUUCAACAGAGCUGGCUGCUGAUGUCGGUGCAGCGUUCUCCUGCAGAAUGAAACCACUUUUGUGACACUUGAAACAGGACACUCAAGCAAGGCAAAGUUCCUGAAUGUUGUUUCAUAUGCUGCUCCCGCUGUGCACAGCAGGCAGAAGAGAAGAACAGAAGCCUCAGACACUCGCCUGGCGCCACUUCCAUCUCCAGUAAAAAUGCUGGCAAUGUCACUGCCAGGUGCCUCUUUGCUACUCUUAAUAUCCUUUUACUGAAAAAAGCGUGUGGGAAUUGUGGUAAAAAUAUAGCAUAAUCUAUAUUUUCCUGCUUUUAUAAUUGCUUUUGCAUAUUUUUACAAUUGCUUUUGCUAAGGCAUAUAUGCUAAUGAUAGAUUUAUGAGUAGCACAAAAGCUUCUGCAGACAGAGCCAGGAACAGAUGCAAUAAAUAACUCCUUACGAGAGAUAAGAGAAGAGAGGCAGGAAAGAUGCUGAGGUGGAGAGACCAGACCCUGACUGAAGGAUGACCGCGAGGGGCUUAAGAACUGCCCCGGGAGGGGAUUUAAGUUGUAAAUGAGACAUGUAUGUAAACCGUCAUAGAACAUGUAACUGCUAGACAUACGAUGCAAGACAUAAUGCUAAGUCUGCCAAUAAUUGCAUGAUAUGUUAAAAUCUAUUGUUUACCUUGGCUAUAAAAAGAAGUUUCAAACCCAGUUUAUCGUCGACCCUGAUCUGAGUGGCUCAACUCCUGGGUCGGUCUGUUUGCAAACAAUAAAUCUGAAAUUGGACCUAGCCUGUGUGUGACUCUCUCCUGGGGUGGAUUGGACAAGCCUCCAGGGGCAUGAAACUAGCCGUUUGUGCAACAAUUUGGCGAGCCAGCCAGGAGAGGCUCUUGGCCUACCCCAGGGUCAACGACGGAAGUGGGAAAGGUGUCUGUGAAGUGCGCACCAGACUGAUUUUGGAGUCUGUCAUGGUCACUGAGAACGUGAGUCGGGACACGCGGGAGGUUAAAAGGCUCUCCACUGAAUGAGUCACCCAGGCUGAGCAGGCUCCGAAGAGACGGCGCCAGGGUGUUGGCAGGAAUAAGUAUUCGCUUUCCUUGUGUCAUUUGAGAAGUCUUUCAGGGACUUUGUUGAGUGGUCUCUCAGGGAUUUUGGAAUUUUGGAACGUUCAGUAUAUAAGUCUGAACAUUAGCCCCGGGGACUUUGUUUUGAGUGAUUUUGUUUUAGUGUUCAGCAAAUAGGUCUGAAUUUUGAUUGACACAAUGGGUUCGGGUAGCUCCCGGAAAGAAAGCUCUGCAACCCCAUUAGGAUGCGUGCUAAGGAACUUUAGUAAGUUCAAAGAAAAUUACGGAAUAGAGCUGUCAAAGGACAGAUUGAUUACUUUCUGUCAAUUGGAAUGGCCGUCAUUUGAGGUGGGGUGGCCGGAUGUCAGUUCUUUUGAUGUGAAGUUGGCUAAUGCAGUGUUAGGUGUGAUAACAAGGGACGGUCAUUGGGAUCAGUAUCCGUAUAUAGAUUGCUGGGUGAGUGCUGUGAUGAAUCCCAUUCCCCCAUGGAUUCAGAAGUGUAAAGGAAAAAUGUGUAAGAUGUUAUUGGCAAAAGACGCUGGGAGAAAGCCCCGAGUCCUCUCUGAUUCUGAUAGUGAGGGAGAUCUGACUCAAGGGUUAAGGCGCUGGGAUGAGGCUAAAACACCACCGGACACAGACCAAAUGGAUCGGGAAGAGAUAGCUGACACAAGCCGUUCUAAAAACACCUCCCUCACAUGAGGAGAAAGCUGCAAAAGACUUGGAGCACUGGAAAGAGAGACACCCUGAGGUGGCACUGCUGCAGUAUGUUGAUGAUUUAUUGAUAGCAAGCCCUGAUGUGCAGACGGGAAAAAGAGCAACAGAAUCCUUGCUGAAUACCCUGGGAAAGAAAGGGUAUAAAGUGUCACGAGAAAAGGCUCAAAUUUGUCAGCCAAAAGUCACCUUUUUGGGUUAUGAGAUUGAGGAGGGGGCUCGGACUUUGAGUAGGGAUUGAAUUCAAGCAAUACAGGAUAUGCCUUCCCCCAAAAAUCCCAAAGAGCUGCGAGCUUACCUGGGCCUAACCGGGUUUUGUAGACUGUGGAUUCCUGAUUUUGGGGGAAAAGCCAAACCCCUAUAUGAGUCCCUCACAAAAGAGGGUCUCACAAAUUGGAAAUGGACUAAGGAAAACCAACAUGCAUUUGAGUUAUUAAAAGCUGCCCUUUUGCAACCCCCAGCGCUGAUGAUUCCAAAUGGGCACAAGCCCUAUAGACUGUAUGUGCAUGAGAAUAAAGGGGUGGCCUCAGGGGUCUUAACUGAACCAGUAGGCCCAACUUGGAAGCCCGUGGGCUACUACUCCAAGGUCCUAGACCUGGUAGCGAAGGGAUGGCCUGCAUGUUUAAGGGCUGUCACUGCCACAGCUACUCUUGUGGAAGAGGCCCAAAAGAUUGUUAUGGGAGCGGAUAUGGAAAUACAUACACCCCAUGGGGUUCCCCAGAUCCUCGGAGGAGAGGGAGGGAAAUUUUUAAACCCCUCCAGACAAUCCAGAUAUGAAAUCUUUCUCCUAUCUAAUCCAGGCCUCACCUUCAAACACACCACUGCUUUGAACCCAGCCACCCUGAUGCCAGAACCGGGACCUCCGUGCCAUGAUUGCUUAGAGGUAUUGACUCAGACAGUACUAAUUCAUCCUGACUUGACAGACGACCCACUCAAGGACCCAGAGGAGGAGUUCUUCGUAGAUGGUUCAAGUAGUGUAAUACAUCGCGUGCGGCAUACGGGGUGUGCUGUGAUAACCUUAACUGAGACUAUAUGGAAAGAAAAACUCCCUGCAAACUGGUCAGCACAGGCAGCGGAGCUCACUGCCCUGACACGUGCAUUGAUAUUAGGAAAAAACAAAAGAGUGAACAUUUUUACAGAUUCGCGCUAUGCCUUUGCCACUGUACAUGCCCAUGGGUUGUUGUGAAAAGAACGUGGGUUCAUCAUGGCCUCUGGACAAAAGAUUGCAAAUGGGCCACAGAUUGUAAUGCUAUUGGAAGCCCUCCGGCUACCGAAAGAGGUGGCCAUGGUGCAUGUUAAAGCCCAUGGCAAGGCUGCAGACGAGUGCCAGAGAAGGGGAAAUGCGAAGGCUGACGUAACAGCCAAAGAGGCAGCACAGAUGGGAGGAGAGGCAGUGUUUCAGGGCUCGGCCCAUGAGGUGCCUUUUUACUUAAAAGAUUGUAAAGCAAAGUAUGGCCCAGGAUCAGAUAAGCUAGCCGCAGAGCUCAAGGCUAUUAAGAACCCUCAGGGAUGGUGGAUUGUACCCGGAGGGAAAGUAUUAAUACCUUGAUGCUUAUUGGGAGAGAUACUCCACCAGUUACAUUAUACCACUCACAUGGGAGGCAAUGCGAUGGGAGACUUGUUAACUCGUCAAAUGGUGGCUCCAGGACUUUAUUUGGAAGCCCAGAGAGUGGUCUCUCAGUGCCCGACCUGUCAAAAGAUCAACCCAAAAUCUACAAGACCACCAGCCCCUAUGGGAGGAAGACCGUGGGCCCAUUAUCCCGGACCAGCUUGGCAGAUUGACUUCGCUGAACUUCCAAAGUCUGGUCGUUACCGUUAUCUGCUAGUAUUGGUUGAUCAACUAACUGGAUGGGUGGAAGCGUACCCCACAAGAACGGCUACCGCAUCCACAGUGACACGAGUACUACUCCACGAGAUAAUACCCCGAUUUCUGUUGCCUGAAUCCAUUGAGUCAGAUCAAGGAAGUCAUUUUGUGGGGAAAAUAGUACAGGAAGUGUCCAAAGCUUUAGAUAUCACAUGGAAACUCCGUGCUCCAUGGAGACCUCAGAGUUCAGGUCAGGUGGAGCGCAUGAAUAGAACACUGAAGGCUAUGCUAACGAAAAUCUGUAUUGAGACUCAUUUGAAAUGGCCGCAGGCACUCCCACUGGCUUUAACUCGUAUUCGUAGCACACCACGUAGAGGGAUUAAAUUGUCACCUUUUGAAUUAAUGUUUGAUAUGCCUCCCAGAGUCUUGCCAGCGGGGUGGAGGGAACAGAUUACUGUGGGUUUGGAGAAAUCCGAAAUUUGAAAACAUGUUAUCGCCUUGCAGUCUGUUUUGUCUUCCCUACACAGGUUUGCUGCACCCUUCCAGAGCCUCCCGCUUGAUGCACCGAUCCACAACUUUAAACCGGGUGACCAGGUCCUGAUACAAAAGUGAAAAAAAAAAUCCUCUUGAGGAAAGGUGGGAGGGACCCUACCAGGUGCUGACUACACACACAGCUGUUCACUUAUCAAACAGCAAUAAGUGGACCCAUUGCUCGAGGGUAAAGCCUUUUCAUCUGGAGGACACCAACUCCCAGGGUGUGGUCACUCUGAAAGCUGAUAACACCCGGGAACAAGAAGCCAACAAAUAAAAAAGUGAACCUGCUGGAGAUUUAAAGUUACACUUGCAAAGAUGUGGGCCCUAGUCUAUUUGUUGAAGCUCUUGUCCCUUUUAGGUAUAGCAAACCCAGCUAUUAUGCCCACCUGUUAUAAGUGUCCCCAAAACGGGGGUGGAACCCUCACUGAGGCUAACUACAAACUUUCAAAGUCUACAAUACUUAGUGCCCUCCUGCACCCCAUUUCCCGGUGCUGCCCAUGUCGAGAAACUAUAAUUCAAUCCGGCGAUACAACACCGCUGUGUGUAAAGCCAGACCCAGAAAUCUGGUCUGCAAUUCUCAAAGAUUGGCCUUCAAGCCUUCAACCUGUCAAUAAUAUAUGGGAACCUAAAGGCACACCUACAAAUACAUGGGUGGGAAAUUCAUGGGUGGCCCUUCUUAAAGACUCAGCUCAGGCUCUAACUAACAAAGUUGUCUUUUGUGUGCGCUUACUCCUGUUUCUAGUGAUGAGGGAGUCCCUUUCUUGCCUAUCCCCCUCAAUAGGACUGAUAUAGUCUCAGAUUGGGGUUUUAACCGGAAUUUCUCUUUGCGAUAUAAUGGUUCUGGGAGAAUUAUGGUGGCAAAAAUUACUGGAUCUAUUUGCAUUUCCCAACACGGAAGUGGAUUUAAAGUGGGACAGUCAAGGUGCAAGGAAACAUGGAUUUCUAAGGAAAUCGCCCCCUGGGAGGGUGCAUGGACAUGCGCAAAUGUCUCAUAUAACAAUUUUGACAAUUAUAGCUGCCUAUUGAGUAAGGAGUGGAUUUCAGUUUGGAGCAUUAAUUAUACCCACUAUCGAAAUGAUACCAAGGUGAAUGGGAGUUCAGCAAAAAGAAGCUCACUAACUCUAACUUUAAUGAACUCUCGUUCCACCAUCACAAAUGAAGCCUGUGGGCUAUGGUGGAUUUCUGGGCGACGGGCAUAUAGGCAGCUUCCCGCCAAUUGGGCUGGGACUUGUUGUUUGGGGGGUUUAAUUCCGGGUGUUUGGAUAACACAACCCAAAACUCAUCGAGCCAAACAAAAUACUGAUGUUUCUUUUGAGGGCAUUGCAGCAGGGGGAGGCCAAAAGUGAAAAAAUGAUGAGUGGCCAGCAGAGAGAAUCAUUCAGUACUAUGGUCCAACAACUUAGAAGCCAAACGUGGUUGGGAGAGAGCCCACAUAUUUGACAAAUCAAAUUAUUAGACUCCAGGCCAUAAUAGAAAUUGUUACCAAUAAAACUGCCGCAGCCCUGCGUCUGAUUGGCAACCAGCUCACUCAACUACGUACUACGGUACUGCAAAACCGCUUAGCUCUUGACUACUUACUUGCAAGUGAGGGAGGGGUGUGCAGGAAGUUGAAUUUAUCAAAUUGUUGUGUUGAAAUUGAUGAUAAUGGUGAAUUGAUAAAGGCCUUAGCGGAUAAAAUGGAGGAGGUAGCACAUGUCCCAGUCCAAACAUGAAACGGGUGGAAUUUUGAUUGGUUUACAUCCUGGCUCCCUAAUUUUGGAUGGUUAAGGGGAGCGUUCUUAAUCUUUUGUCUGCUAAUGUUGAUACUUUGUUUGAUUCCCUGUAUUAUACCCUGCAUCAUGGCUCUCGUGAGACGAACAGUACAGUCGGUCGUCAACCGAGAGAUGUUUGUACAUUAUCAAAAGUUAGCCAUAGCUGAAAAUUAUUAAAAUUAGAGUUAGAGAGCAUCUUGAGGGGGAAUAAUUGUGGUAAAAAUAUAGCAUAAUCUAUAUUUUCCUGCUUUUAUAAUUGCUUCUGCAUAUUUUCACAAUUGCUUUUGCUAAGGCAUAUAUGCUAAUGAUAGAUUUAUGAGUAGCACAAAAGCUUCUGCAGACAGAGCCAGGAACAGAUGCAAUAAAUAACUCCUUACGAGAGAUAAGAGAAGAGAGGCAGGAAAGAUGCUGAGGUGGAGAGACCAGACCCUGACCGAAGGAUGACCGCGAGGGGCUUAAGAACUGCCCCUGGGAGGGGAUUUAAGAUGUAAAUGAGACAUGUAUGUAAACCGUCAUAGAACAUGUAACUGCUAGACAUACGAUGCAAAAUGUAAUGCUAAGUCUGCCAAUAAUUGCAUGAUAUGUUAAAAUCUAUUGUUUACCUUGGCUAUAAAAAGAAGUUUCAAACCCAGUUUGUCGUCGACCCUGAUCUGAGUGGCUCAACUCCUGGGUCGGUCUGUUUGCAAACAAUAAAUCUGAAAUUGGA